UGAUGAUUCAUGACGCAUGAAGUUUACUUCCUCUGCGUUUCCCCAAAAUCAUUCUUUAUAUAUUCUUCGAAUUCCAUUUCUCGAUCAACCUAAGCCCUAAUUUAACUCGCUAUUUUUUAUUUUUUCCUAAAGCCAGACCCUAAUCGUUUGUAACAACCGCGAAAUCGUCUCGACACGCUUUGAAAAUUCGAGGAACAUUUAAUGGAUAAUGAUAAUUGGAGACCUUCUAUUCCAAAAGGAGAACCUGCCAUGGACACUGGUGACUGGAGAAGUCAAUUACCACCUGAUUCACGCCAGAAGAUCAUUAACAAGAUAAUGGAAACACUAAUGAGGCACCUUCCUCAUUCUGGACCCGAAGGAAUUAACGAGCUCAGUAGAAUUGCAGCGAGGUUCGAGGAGAAAACUUUCAGCAGUGCUGUUAACCAGUCUGAUUACCUUCGGAAAAUUUCCAUGAAGAUGAUGACUAUGGAGACUAAAUCGCAAAAUGCAGCUGGCGCUUCCUCAUCUAUCCCUGCUGCUAAUAAUGCCACAUCCAUGGAUUCAAUACCCAACAAUCAAGGGCAACUUCUUCAGGGGACGUUACCAAACAAUCAGUCUCAAGCACCUCCGCCGUUGAUGGCUCAAACCAUGCAGAGUAAUACAGCCUCUGGGAUGACGGGUUCUACUGGUUUACCAUCUUCUAUGCCGCCUGUUUCUCCCAUAGCCAAUAAUAACGUCUCAAGCGUUGUAAACCAGAAUUCCAAUAUGCAAAAUGUUGCCGGUAUGUUGCAAGAUUCAUCUGUGCAGCAUGGCCUUUCAUCCAAUAUGAUAUCAGGAUCCCAAAGGCAGAUGUUGGCCAGGCCGCAUACUAUGUCUUCUCAGCAGCAGCAACAGUCGCAGAGUGCACAAUAUCUUUAUCAGCAGCAGCAACUUCUCAGGCAGAAUUUUCAGUCAGGGAAUGUUACCAACCCCAAUUCGCAUUUGGCAUCGCAGAUACAACAACAGCAACAAAAUGUGUUGCACCCCAAUCAAAUGCAGUCUUCUCAACAGCCUGGUAGUACGACAUCUGCGAUGCAGCCCUCAGCUGUGAGCUCAGCUCCCCUCCAGGGUCCCCAGACAAAUCAGCAAUUAAGUCCUCAAUUGUCUGCUCAGCAGCAGACUACUUCACAGUCUAUUCUUCGUCAGCAUCAAACAUCACUGCUAAGGCAAAAUCCCCAAGCACAACAAACCUCUGGAAUCCAUCAGCUACAAACUUCAUUGCCGCAGCAGUCUAUUUCGCCCCAGCAGCAAGCACAAAUGAUGCGGCAACAAGCUGCAAGUAGCUCAGGCAUCCAACAGAAGCAAAUGAUGGGGCCGCAUGUUGUUGGGGAUAUGCAGCAGCAACAACAUCAGCAAAGGUUACUGAACCAACAAAAUAAUAUUAUGAACAUGCAGCAGCAGCAGAAGCAACACCCACCGGCCCAGCAGCAAUUGAUGUCUCAACAAAACAGCUUUCAGGCUACGCCUCAGGGCACUCAAAGCAAUGUUGCAGGACUGCAGCGACCACAACAACAGUUGCUCAGUUCCCAGACCAACCAGCAGUCGGUGCACAUGUUAUCACAGCCAACCGUUGGGCUGCAACAAACACAUCAGUCUGGCCAUGGCUUGUAUCCUUCUCAGGGACAACAGUCACAAAAUCAGCCAUCCCAGCAGCAGAUGAUGCCCCUUCAAUCGCAUCAUCAGCAGUUACAACAACCUAAUCUGCUACAACAAGAUGUGCAACAAAGGUUACAAUCUUCAGGCCAAGUCCCAGGUUCCCUGCUUCCACCUCAAAAUGUAGUGGACCAACAGAGACAACUAUAUCAAUCCCAAAGAACUCUUCCGGAGAUGCCAUCAUCAUCGCUAGACUCCACGGCUCAGACGGAAAGUGGAAAUGCUGUUGAUUGGCAAGAGGAGGUUUUCCAAAAGAUCAAAACUAUGAAAGAUGCGUACUUUCCAGAUCUUACAGAAAUCUACCAGAGAGUUACAGCCAAGUUGCAGCAUGAUCCUCUUCUGCCGCAACAAAGACCGGAGCAGUUUGAGAAAUUGAAACAAUUCAAGACAAUGUUGGAGCGAAUGAUGCAAUUCCUAUCGGUUUCAAAGAGCAGUAUUAUGCCUCCACUAAAGAAUAAAGUGGCUAUUUAUGAGAAGCAGAUUAUAGAUUUCGUAACUAUGCACAGGCCGAGGAAGCAAGUACAGCAAGGGCAGCUUCCGCAAUCUCAGAUGCAGCCUAUGCAGCAACAAUCAUCUCAGAAUGGUAAUCAAUCUCAUGAUAGUCAAGCAAAUCCGCAGAUGCAAUCAAUGAGAAUGCCUAGGGCACAACAGAGUAGUCUGGAAAAUAUGCAGAACAAUGUUCUAUCAUCUCGUCCUGGAGCUUCAGCACCACAGCAGAAUAUUCCCAGUAGUUCUGUACCGGCUCUUAGUUUAGAGUCAGGCCAAGGAAAUGCACUGAAUAAUGGCCAGCAGGUUGCCAUGAGAUCCAUGCAACAAAAUACUUAUCAACAAGUAAAUAACAGUUCUGCCUCUGCUCAAAGUGGGUUAAGUACACUGCAGUCUAAUGUUAAUCAAACCGAGUUAAGUCCUAGUCUGCUUCAGCAACAGCACUUCAAGCAACAGAAAAACCAACAAAUGACUUCGCAGCAGCUCAGACAGCAAUGUCAACAGCGCCAGAUUCAGCAGCAGCAGCAAUUAAUUCAGCAGCAACAGCAACAGUUGCAAGCAAGACAGCAAGUGGCACAAAAUGAUAUGAAUGUCAGUCGUGGGAUGUUUCAGCAACAUUCUCUGCAGGAUCAGCGUGCUACUUAUUCCCUUCAACAGUUGAAACCAGGAUCUCAACUUCCUGUUUCGUCUCCUCAACUUUUGCCAGGUUCAUCGCCUCAGAUGACACAACAACAUUUUUCUCCCCAGGUCGACCAGAAAAAUGUGAUCUCAUCUCUCAACAAGACGGGAACUCCAGGGCAACCUGCAAACUCCCCGUUCGUUAUCCCAUCCCCUUCAACCCCCUUGGCACCGUCCCCUAUGCAAGUUGACUCUGAUAAACCAUCAGGAGCUUCUUCGUUGUCAAUGGGAAAUAUUGCACGCCAACAAGCAACUGGAGUGCAAGGUUUGGUUCAAUCCUUUGCGUUUGGCACUCCGGGUAUCUCUGCCUCUCCUCUCCUUCAGGAGUUUAUUAGUCCUGACGGAAAUAAUUUAAAUCCUAUGACAAGUACAUCUGGAAAAUCAAGUGCUACUGAAUUGCCUAUUGAACGCCUUAUCAGAGCCGUGAAGUCCAUCUCCCCACAAUCACUUUCUUCGGCAGUAAGUGACAUCGGAUCUGUUGUAAGUAUGGUUGAUAGGAUGGGUGGUAAUGGUUCAAGAGCUUCAGUUGGCGAGGACUUGGUUGCAAUGACCAAGUGUCGUCUCCAAGCAAGAAGCUUCAUGGCGCAGGAGGGGAUGAUGCCGACCAAGAAAAUGAAGCGUCACACAACGGCAAUGCCGUUAAGCGUUUAUUCAUUAGAAGGAAGCGUUGGUGAUAACUGCAAGCAGUUUGCAUGUUCGGAAACAUCAGAUCUGGAAUCUACUGCGACUUCUAUUGGUAAGAAGGCAAGAACUGAGACCGAGCAUGCCCUUUUGGAGGAAAUCAAGGAAAUAAACCAGCGGCUGAUAGAUACAGUUGUUGAGAUUAGUGAUGAUGAAGAUGCUGCUGAUGGAGCAACAUCAAGCAAAGGCUGUGAAGGAACAACAGUGAGAUUCUCGUUUAUAGCUGUUUCUCUCAGCCCAGCCUUGAAGGCUCAUCUCAAAUCAACCCAAAUGUCUCCUAUCCAACCAUUGCGUCUACUAGUACCUUGUAGCUACCCCAAUGGCUCUCCAUCUCUAAUGGAUAAACUGCCUGUCGAAACCAGCAAAGAGAACGAGGACCUGACGUUCAAAGCUAUGACAAGAUUCAACAUAUUGCUAAGAAGUUUGUCACAGCCGAUGUCGCUCAAAGACAUUGCCAAGACUUGGGACGCAUGUGCUCGCACUGUGAUCUGUGAAUAUGCGCAGCAAUUUGGUGGUGGAACUUUCAGCUCAAAAUACGGUACUUGGGAGAAAUUUGUAGCUGCUUUCUGAAUCUGAUAUCUAAUCUCUCAUCAUGUCGUGAUUGUAACUCUGUGAUUCACUGUUUGUCAUGAGACAUGGUUCAAGAUUUGUUAUUGACAGCCAUCCUUGGGCGUGGAGGUGUAUAGUAUAUAUAAAGGAAAGUGAGUAAGUGAC